AUGGCGAACACGGACGGAAAUCCACAUCUAAGUCAUAACUGGAAGUCGGAAGGGACUGGAAGUCGGAAGGGACAUUUCGGAUACCCAAACCAGGCACCUUUGAGAGAUACCACCAAUGAGGGACGGACUAUUAUACAUGUCCCACUUCCGCGAGUGACGUCACGCGCACGAGUCGUCGUGCGUGAUGACGUCACGAUACCGGAAAGAUUACUGACAGCUGGGCCUUCACACUCCCAUCGAUAUGAGCUCC